UGGCACCAAAACCCGGAUGGGGAGCGCCUUGCAGAGAACCUGCUCACCUAGCUACACCUUGCUUUAGGAUUUCUCCUGGCUGCAGCCUUCGUGAAAAGGACCCUGGAAGACCCUCAAGCCACGCAAUGGAGGAAGUGUCUUUUGAGGAUGUAGCUGUAAACUUCACCAUGGAGGAGUGGGCCUUGCUGGAUCCAUCACAGAAGAAGCUCUACAGAGAUGUGAUGUGGGAAACUUUUAGGAAUGUCGCUGAUAUAGGAAGAAACUGGGGUAGUGAGAAAAUUGAAGAUGACUACAAAAAUUGCAGGAGAAAUCUAAGCAGUGAAGAAAUAGAGAAAUGUGGUGAAUAUGAAUUAUGGUAUCACCAUGGAGAAAUGAUUUUCUGGACUACAGAUACUAGUGUAAACAUAAAACCAGUUGGUACAAAACCAAAUGAAAGCUUUGGCUCUAUAAAUCCUCUGAUUGGUCAUUCAUCACUAAAUGUACCCAUCAUAGCUAACACUGGAUUCAAAUCAUCUGAGUAUCAGGGAUUUGAAGAGAAUCUAUCUAGCUGUAACAAAUAUGGGAAGAUCUGCACUGAUUUUCAGUCAUCUCAGAAGCAUGUAAAAACAAAUCCUGGAGAGAAACCUUAUGAAUAUAAGCAAUAUGAAUUAUACUCCUAUUCCACUGAAGGAACUAAUACUGAAGAGAACCCUUUCGUAGAUGAGCAAGAUGUGAAAGUCUGUACAACCAACUAUGUUCAAAUCUGGGAAAGAAAUCACAGUGGAGUGAAUAUCUAUAUAUGUACACAAUGUGGAAAAGGUUUCAAUUCUCACCAAUUUAUUCAAAUGCAUGAAAGAGCUCAUAUUGGCAAAAAACUCUAUGUAUCUAAACAUAGUGGGAAAUCCUUCACUAAUAGCACUUCAUUUGGAAAUCAUCAAAGGACUCACAUUGGGGAGAAACCCUAUCUAUGUAAGCACUGUGGGAAAGCAUUUAGCACCCACAGUGAUUGUCAAAGACAUGAACGAACUCACACUGGGGAGAAACCCUAUGAAUGUAAGCAGUGUGGGAAAGCUUUCAGAACACACAGUGAUUGUCAAAGGCACCAACGAACUCACACUGGGGAGAAACCAUAUGAAUGUAAGCAAUGUGGUAAAGCUUUUCGGACACACAGUGAUUGUCAAAGACAUGAAAGAACUCACACUGGGGAGAAACCCUAUGUAUGUAAGCAAUGUGGGAAGGCCUUUAGCACACACAGCGAUUGUCAAAGACAUGAAAGAACUCACACUGGGGAGAAACUCUAUGAAUGUAAGCAAUGUGGGAAAGCUUUCAGCACACAUAGUAAUUGUCGAAUUCAUGAAAGAAUUCACACUGGGGAGAAACCCUAUGUAUGUAAGCAUUGUGGGAAAGCAUUUAGCAGACACAGUAAUUGUCAAAUACAUGAAAGAACUCACACUGGGGAGAAACCCUACGUAUGUAAGCAAUGUGGGAAAGGUUUUAGCAGACUUGGUACUUGUAGAAUACAUGAAAGAACUCACACUGGGGAAAAACCCUAUGUAUGUAAGCAGUGUGGGAAAGGUUUCAUCAGACACAGUCAUUGCCAAAUACAUGAAAGUACUCAUAUUGGGGAGAAACUCAAUGAAUGUAAGCAAUGUGGGAAAGCUUUCAGCACACACAGUGAUUGUCAAAGACAUGAAAGAACUCACACUGGGGAGAAACUCUAUGUAUGUAAGCAAUGUGGCAAAGGUUUCAAGACACACAGUGAUUGUCAAAGACAUGAAAGGACUCACACUGGGGAGAAACCCUAUGUAUGUAAGCAGUGUGGGAAAGCAUUCAGCAGACAUGGUAAUUGUCAAAUGCAUGAACGAACUCACACUGGGGAAAAACCUUAUGCAUGUAAACAGUGUGGGAAAGCUUUCAGCAGACAUGGUGCUUGUCAAAUACAUGAAAGAACUCAUACUGGGGAGAAACCCUAUAUAUGUAAGCAAUGUGGAAAAGCAUUCAGCAGACACAGUCAUUGUCAAAUACAUGAAAGAACUCACAUUGGAGAUAAACCCUAUGAAUGUAAGCAAUGUGGGAAAGCUUUCAGUACACACAGUGAUUGUCAAAGACAUGAAAGAACUCACACUGGGGAGAAACUCUACGUAUGUAAGCAAUGUGCGAAAGCUUUCAGCACACUCAGUAGUUGUCGAACACAUGAACGAACUCACACUGGGGAAAAACCUCAUGUAUGUAAGCAAUGUGGGAAAGCUUUCAGCACACGGAGUCAUUGUCGAAUACAUGAAAGAAUUCACACUGGGGAGAAACCCUUCGUAUGUAAGCAAUGUGGGAAAGCUUUUAGCACACACAGUAAUUGUCAAGUUCAUGAACGAACUCACACUGGGGAGAAACCCUAUGUAUGCAAGCAGUGCGGGAAAGCUUUCAGCACACCAGGUUGUUGUCGAAAACAUGAAAGAACUCACAGCAGGGUAAAGCCCUAUGUAUGUAAGCAGUGUGGGAAAGCUUUCACAACACAGAGGUACUGUCGAAUACAUGAAAGAACUCACACUGGGCAGAAAUCCUAUGAAUGUAAGCAGUGUGGGAAAGCUUUUACAACUCAAAGGUAUUGUCAAGAACAUGAAAAACACACUGGAGAGAAACCCUAUGUAUGUAACCAAUGUGGGAAAGCUUUCAGCACACAGUAUUUGUCAAAGAUAUGAAAGAAUUCACUGGGUAUAAACCAUACCUAUGUAAGCAAUGAAGAAAAACUUUCAGCACCUACUGGUAUUGUCAAAUACAUGAAUCAUAAAGGGCACAAAUGCUUUUUAUGUAAGAUACAUGGAAAAGCAUUCACUUAUGCUCAUAGAUAUUAAACAAGAGAAAUUUAACUGUGACUAUAUAAAGUGACUUGCACUGACCUGAAAGGUCUCAGUGGAGAGAAGUCCGUUCUUUAUAAGCAAAUGAAAAAUUCAAGCCUAACCCUAAUCUCACAGGCCAGGUUUCUUCUUUCAUUCUAUCAAGAUAUUUGGUACAUAGUUGAGAGUUCUGUUCUACCCAAGUCCUCAGUAAUGAGGAUAAUAUUUCUUUGCAAGUCCUCUUGGUUUUCUUUGCCAUAUGUUCACAAAUGUGAAUAUAAAACCACUCCUCUCAAGGAUGGCAGAGGAUUAUCAGCUUGUAUGUCUGUGUAUUUAUCCAAAUUUCUAAUCUGCACUCCUAAUGUCCAGCAAGUAGUCAGAUCCCUGCUUGUUUGGCAUCUGCAGCCCUCAUGUUUGGAACUGUGCUGCUUUAUUUACUGUGCACAGUCUGUAUAUUUUCUCUGAAUUUUUUCCUUGUUAGAAUCUAGGCAAAUAUGUAUAAAUUUAUAGUUUCCACGUGGUAAUUUAGUGUUUAAAUACUUUUCAAUAAAUUUAUUUUCAAAAAGGUUUUUGGUGAGACUUAGUAACAGUAUAAAUGUCCUGGGAACAAACACUCAGAAACUUUUAUAACUUAGUGGUGGAGUCCCCAGGUGAAAUCCUAUACAACUUACUCUUGUCUUCCUCUUGAAUUACCACUCUCUUCUUUUGCUAUUUUUCCUAAGUUUACCAUGUGUCAUUGUCACUACCAGUAUUCUUUCAGUUUUGAAUCCUUGGAAUAUUAAGUAAGUGAGUACUAUAGAAAUUGCACAGAAAUGCAUUAUAUGUGGUUUCUUUGUCUCACUGUAUUUCACAUGUGCUCGUGUGAGUUAAGGGUGAAGGACUUCCUCAUCCAUUAUGGUGGUCACACAGUUGAAGUUUUUUCAAGUUUAAUUUUUAUAGCUGUGAAAAAAAGUCACAUCUUCGGAAACAACAGCACAGUAUAUUUUCUGGACACUGGAAUAAAGUUACUGGUCUGUAGUUAUUGGUGUACUCCAAAGUACAGGAUAAGGCUCUGGAGUGUGUCGUUUGAUCAUUUAUUCAUAAGUCUACUUACUAGUAGAGUCUUUGCACAAUUUCAUUUCCUUUCCUUUGGCUAUUUCCUCAACCAAAGUCAUAGAUUUUGUUUAUAUUUGGUGUUUUCUCUUGAAUUGUGUAUGUUUUGUUCAAUUUUCUUAUAUGUUUGUUGAUUUUUACUCAGUAUACAAAAUUUUUAUUAUAUCCUGUGCAAAUGUUUUUUAAUUUGUCUCCAUUGCCCAUCAUGAUUUACAUAGAUAUCAAUAUCUCCUUGUAAUUCUGAUGGCUUCAUGAUUUUCUUCUGGUGAAAGAAUUUUGUUUUUACAUCCAAAAGAUAUUUGAUUGUAUUCUCAAAGUAUUCAAGUUUCUCUUUCCCAUGUCAAGUUGUAACUAAAUUAUUGUACAUGGACUAUGAUGAAUAAAGUGCAUGUUUCAAAAUAUGUA